CCAUCCUUACACAAGUCCCCUCGUAUAACUAUUCAAGCUGUAGUUAGUUAAUAAGCGGUUCAAUCUACAAGUCACGAGCCCAAAUCAAAUCCUUUAGUCAAGAACCAAAGAGAAACAGCAAAACCACAGUCGUCAAGAUGUGCAUGCAAGCCACCUGCAGUGUCUGCGAGAAGAAAACCUGGCGCGGCUGCGGCCAGCACGUCCCCUCAGUGAUGGACCACAUCCCCAAGGACCAAUGGUGCACAUGUACUCCGAAGACGAAAAUCGGCGAGACCGAGUUCCCGCCAAAGGUGGGCGAGGGAAAGGCCCAAGCGGAAGAGAAAUAGGUUGCUGACUUUCUUGGUGCUUCUUACCGCGCGGGAGGUACGAAAAGGCUGGGAACAUGUGCCUUAUUCUGUAAAUGGAACGGAUGGGGCUUGGGGUUGGGGAGAAGAGGGGAGGAGAGGAGCAGAGAAGGAAGAUUGGGCUGGGCUGGGCGGUAUUUAUAGAUGGUCGAGGAAUGGCGAGUACCCUGCGAGGGAGUGGAGAUGCGACGAGAAACUGGGCGGAGCAGGGAACGGGGGAGUUGGGCACAUGGCAGCGGUGACUGGGAUGUGUGUCGAAGAACUACGGAGUCUGGAGCAACUAAACUACAUUGUUUGCAUCUCUUCUUCA